AUGCCGCCGCCGGAGAUGUCAUAUAGUCCUGCCUAUCACCAGGCUCAGGCCCCCCUCCGCGCGGUACCCGCUUCUAUCAUAGCCCCUCGUCCCUGUCAAACGUUGGGUUCCCCCGAUCCGAGCCAUUCAGGCCCGCAGCAUCCCUCCGACGAAUGGACGCCCGGGUUCGACAUCAGUCCCCGAUCCUCCGGACCGCGGGGCUCCCACACCUACUCCCCAGAGGCAUCGCGACGCCAGUCCCGAGUGGACGACGGCUCGCAGAUGUCCCGGGUACUCGUCUCCAGCUCCGGAGCCGCUCACAGGGAAGAGCGAGGCAGCUGGGCGGACCAGCCGUCCUUGAUAUCGGCCGACCAGUUGAGCUCUCCGCGCGCACAGAAGCGAGUCGUCCCGGACGAUAUCCCGGUUGAUCAGAGUCAGGAUGCGCUGCUUAUGCUGUUCCGGCUUUCUGUCCCCGUCCCGAUAUUCUCCUUCGCUGCCUGUCUUUAUACCUGCUGUGCCCUUCUAUUCGCCGUCUUCUCUUCACCACUGCGAAUAUGCUCCCUAUCACCCUACCUCCGCAAUACCUCUUUCGUAACACAAGUUUGCGACCUUCUCUCACCGACCCUCCACAUCCAUGAACGGCUCGUUUGCAUGCGUCCACCAACAUCAGACCGUUCCUCCUCAACCCAAUGGAUCCGCUCCGAAACCACCUCAGACCAGCCGUCGAUGCUGGCUGACUCGACUCGAUACUAUAAAGUUGGCACCUCAGCAGGCGUCCUGAUCCUCUCGCCAUUCCUGAGCAUCGCAAUCCUCCUCUGCGCCUGGACAGCCGCUUUCUUCUGGGUCUUCUCCAUGGUAAUGGGCAACCCAGACGGCACAGAGCGCAAAGACGACGGCCGCACAGCAGUCCUAGGAGUCUGCAAAUGGUGGCGGACGUGGCUGGGCAAAGCCCGAAAGUCAUGA